UCACGAGCUGUUCUCAGUCUACGAGUACACCGGUAGAAGUUAGGAGUAAUAUCUUUCUCAGUUUUCCUUAAAAAAAACGUAAGAGUAGGGCGCGCGUGCGCCUACAAAUUCAUACAAAACUUCGAUACUCUGUUACGUGUAUUUUACUCUCUCUCUCUCUUUCUCUCUUUUUCUUUCUUUAACAAGUGUACGUGUGUGUGUUAUUGUGUAUAUAUCAAAAUGACAACAGUGCAACAAGAAGAACAUACAAAAAAAUUGACAAAAUAUAUGUCGAAAUUGUGAGAGAACAAUAGAUUUAUAAAAUUGAAUAGUAUUUUAAUAAAAAAAAAAAAGUUCUUCGCGACAGGGUCAGCAGCCAUUUUUCCUUACGAGGGACUCUCUUUCUCAAUGUGGCCCACCAAGUGGAAGUACAACGUGUGCCUUCUGCUACCGGCCGCGCCUUUGGAUUCCUCAAAGUCCACCGUAGCAGCUCUCGAAUUCCUAUCAUCGAAGUAUCGACCUGUAUAAUCUUCUCAUCGGGGUGUAUGUAUGUAUGUGUAUGUAUACGCAACGAUCUAAUAGUGUACUGUUGCUCGAGGAACAGACUCCUUGAUACGUGCCGCGAGUUAGCGAUCACGACGAGGUUACUACACGUGCAGAAAGAAAGAAAGAAAGAAAGAAAGAAAGAAAGAGAGAGAGAGAGAGAUUUUCUUUGGCGGAGACUACGCCACUGUGAAACGCCGCAUACCAAAGAAGAGAGAGAGAGAGAGAGAGAGAGGGAACUUUGGUGGGAAGGAGUUGGGAGGGAUAGUAAAGGUGCAAGCAAGUCGAAGGUAGAGGAAUCGUCGUCGUAUGAGAUCGACGAGGACGGACAGAGAGGUUAAGAACGUGUAAAAGAAAGAAAGACAGAGAGAGAGAGAGAGAGAGAGAGGUAGGCAAGGAUUGAGUGGUGGGGGGUGGGACUCGUAAGAAGGCGGCCAUAAUGGCCUGACGCCGAUCUCAGCGAACGGCGGCGGCUACAGCUGCUGCGAAAUAUCCGAGCGGACUCUCUCUGCUUGCUCGAGUACCAUCUGAAGCACGCCUCUUAUUUUGCAACUAACUGAAUCCCAUCGUUGUCGUUGUCGUUGUCGUUGUCUUUGGAAAGUGCCUGCGUAAUUCCUUAGUAGUGUAGUGCAACAAUUCAACACUCUGUUAUAUCUGUAAUCUAUUCACUUUGGUGUUAGUGUCUUGUUAAGUUUGUUGUGUAUUAUCAAAAUAGAAAGAGAGAAAAUAUAGGGGUUCCUUUCCUGAUAUUUUCUUAAGUAAUUGAAAGAGAGAAAAUGGCAGAAUUAUCCAAUUGUUUAAUCUUAACUCUUUGUGGUAAACUUGAAUACUCUUGUUGAAUAGAGUAUUCUCGUAUAAUUACCUGCAAAGUGUUUUACACACAUAUAAAUAUAUAUAUAUAUUAGGAAUUAGAUGAUAUUAAUAGAAAUAUUUAAAUAAUGCGGGGUGCUAAUCAAGAAACAGCCACACCGUACUGCCGGUGCAGAGUACUGUACCUUGGUAGUUCGGUACCUCAUGCUAGUAAAGAAGGUUUGUUGGGUGUUCAAGAACCUUUGAGAGAAUUGUAUCCAGAACAAGGAGCGUUGGGUGCUCGUGGGAUAGAUUCCUGGUUGAGUGUAUGGAGCAACGGUUUGCUAUUGGAGAACGUCGAUGAACAUCGCAAAAAGGUCACCAGGUUCUUCCCUAUAGAAGCAUUACAUUAUUGUGCCGCUGUGAGACACGUAAAGGGUGGUAACGGGGAUUCCUCGACAACGAGAUUCCUGCCUCUCGAUUCGCCUUUCGCCAGGACACCAAGCGCCAAUCAUCCGCCGCUCUUCGCAGCCGUAUUGAGAAGAACGACCGGUAUCAAGGUCCUCGAGUGUCACGCAUUCAUUUGCAAACGUGAUAUGGCGGCCAACGCCCUAGUGAGAUGUUGUUUUCAUGCUUAUGCCGAUAGCAGUUACGCCAAGGGAUUGGAUCCAUCAACGGGAACAACCAACGGAAUGACAAUUGCCAAUCCAUCGAACAAUAGUCUUUAUCAUACAUUGGGCGGAUCUAGUACGACUUUGGAUAAUCCACAGGGUAAUCGUUUGGAUGCUACAUCGACUGACGAUCUUAGUCUUUACAAUGGUGACGAAAAUCACAAAGUUUGGGCUAAGGGUCGUGACGAAUUGGACGUUGUUUAUCAAGAACAAGGAACCUUGAGAAGUAGUAAAGGUUCCAGGCCACGGCAAUUGGUUGCUCCACCUCCGCCACCACCACCACCACCACCUCCACCUCCACCCUCUCAACCUUUGAUGGUCGAGGAAUCGACUUCUUCUGCUGCUAGGAGAAAGACUAAUAAAAAAAUGAAAAAAUUAAAGACCCGAACAAUGCACGAAGAUCCGAUGCAACAGCAGCAGCAACUGCAUCAAGUACAUCAAGGGAUGUAUACUAACGGUCAUGGCCACCAUACUCUCGGGCAUCCAAUUAGACAACAGCAUUAUCAUCCACAUCCAUUACCACCAAGUAGUCGAUCAGUUGCUGGAACUUUAGCGAGGCCAGCACCUGUUUUAUUGGUACCAGCCGCUACACUACCGAGGAAAGCUCACCAACAUCAUCCCAGAGGAUUGAGGCCAAUCCCGGCAUCAGCACCGAUCGUUCCAAUUUAUGCUCCGCUCCCGGUGGUUCCACCUCCCGUCGCAGCAGCCAUUUAUCCAAGUGGAACCUACGGGACUGCUGGUAACAGAGGUAAAAGGCAUUCCGAAGUAGAAGGCUCGACUUUAGGUGCUUCUAGAAGAUUAGCAGCCUCCCACGCUGAUUUAACAUCGAACGAGCUGGGAAAAUCGGCAGAUAAUACGGAAAACGAGUCACGAUUUGGUACUGGGAUCUACCGGCGGAAAGGUCACUUGAACGAACGGGCCUUUUCUUACAGCAUUCGCGCGGAACAUCGUAGCAGGAGUCACGGUAGUUUAGCUUCUUUGGGUUUCAGUGCGCAGAACGGUAACGUAUUGCCCAAAGAGGAGAAGAAGGAUCGAGAGAUAGCUCAACUGGUGGCAGGAUUAAAUUUGGAUGACAGUCCGAACGAUCGAGUUCAACCUAUACCAACUUCCAGAGCUGGACCAUAUCACCAUCAUCAACAACAACAACAACAACAGCAACAACUUCAUCAACAGCCACAACAACAACAACAACAUAUGCAACCAUUACCCAGGCCACGACCACGUUAGGUACAUCUAACUUACGUCAAUCGUUUCUCAUAUCCCUCAAACAACGUCGAAGUUAUUGGCUUCUCGUGUUUAUUUGCGAUCGAGUUACGCUAUGAAAUAGAACGAACUGCUCUAUUGGACUGAAGCAACAUUCUACUCGACGUGGGCGUCUUCUUCUUUUGUGGCAUUCGAGCGUAACGUUCUAACAGAGGUUAUCAUAUUAUUUCGAACACACUGUACUGUUGCCUGAGUUAACUACUGCUGCUCGAUCAAACUGAUAUCAAAUCCGAUCACACGUUAGAGAUAUGCAGCAUUAAAUAAUAUGAAAAUAUUUAUCAGAAUUUAGAGACUGAGAUGAUAACACGAGUAAGUUAUUCCUAUAAAGAAUAACGCAUGAUCCAUUUAGAUUGGCAGGAUACUGUUUUGUUUUUUUUUUUGUUUAAUCUUCAGAUGAGAUAUAACCAUUUUUAGUUUCUUCCAAGAUUGAGUAAAGGAUUAAUUAGACGAGCCUAAAUAAUUAUUGUCAAUUUUACAACGAAGACGGAUCAUACUGUUGGUUUAAAGCUCGUUAGAUGAAUGCACAUGUGCAUGUUAAGAGCUGGCCUACCUCAUAACGUUUCCUUUGAGAAAACGUCUCUGUUGUUUUAUAGUGCUCGCUUAUAUUUAUCAUCAUGUAUCAAAUUAUUUUAUUACAUAUGAAUCUUACACACAAACACACACAUACACACACCUAUACAUAGACGCGCAUCUAUGUAAUAUCAUUAUUAAAAAUAGAGACGACUCCUAUAUUUCUCCAUUGUUUUAUUCAAUUUU